AGUUAUGUUUCUUUCGAUAAAUCGGUUUGAAAUAUCGUUUACGAUAAGAAUCCCACAUAUAUAAUAUAUUUUGUUUUUAAGGACGAUAAAGUGUAGUAACUUAUGCAGUUGCCCUUUCAUAAAGGGGUUUAAAGGAAUGAAUGAGAAUUACAGCAAAGAUUGUUUGGGGCUUUGUUUAAGGAUAUCCGCACUUCACCAAACGUGGAAGUGGUUGCAUCAAACAAUCGCGUUACAUGAAUAUUUAAUAUCUGUAACUGCAGCAAGCUCGGCAGGAAAUUACUGUGAUAAGAAUUUGAUGUAUUUCAAGGUCGCCAAAGAACAUAAGAAAAAUUAAAAUAAACGUAUUCAACAUACUCAAAAAAAAAUCCGACACACCCCGGUGUUGGAUCGGCCAGGGUUAUUUUUUUUAAGUGCGUCCGAAGUCCGCCAAUGCAGAAAAUGGUGGGACGCGAAUGGACUAAUGUUUACCCUGUUUUACCAUUGUUGUAUUGCAAAUAAUCAUUAUGAUCCUUUUAUUAAGUUAUUAGAUUAAACAUAAGCCUUAAAACUUUUUUAUUACAAUGGAAAAUUUAUUUCAGAUCGUAUUUGUUUUCUGCGUUUGAGUUUUUAUAUCCAUUCUUAUUCGUUUGAUAAAUGUGUAAUUAUGGCAACACUUAAUAUCUGUAAACACGGAAUACUUUUGUUAUUGUGGAUGGAAUGAAGAUUGUGUAAAAUAUAAAAUGCUUAUUUUAAGCAAAUAACUAAAUAAAUACUAAAAAAAAUAAAUAUGUAGAAACAAUGUAAUGAAGUAUAAGUGCAUAAAAAGUGCAUAAUAUGAAAUAAAUAAUUACUAGAAAUCGAUAAAUUGCAAGAUAAAAUUUGCAAAAAUUUCAACUUUAAAUGCAAAUAUCUCGAAAAGUAUAAGUUUGCGGCGGCAACAAUUAUAUAUUUUCUUAAUCUGGAGCAUCAGCCCUAUUCAACCACUCACUUCACUUUUAACCCUGAAAUCGUGGGGUGGUGUACUAAAGUUUCCCCAAAAUAAAUUCUAUAGUUAUUUUUUUAACUUUUAUAUCCACUAACACUUCACUAAUUCGUUUUUAACCAUUUAUUUUAUAUUAAAUAGUGCGAAAAUAAAUUUUAUUCAACAUUAGUUUUCCGCAUAGAAUUCCUUUCUGCACUGGCGGCCUUCAAAAAAAUAACCCACGCUUCAAAAAAAUAACCCUUGGUCGCACCAACACCUGGGCGUGCUCAGUUUUUUUACGUUGAACUCCUUUUUGCCCGAUCCAACCCCGCUAUACGCUAUUUAGAAUAGAGAAUUCUAAAGAUUUUAUAUUACUUAUCACACGAUAAUGAAUUUAGUUAUGACCUCAUAAUCUUUCUUUUUUCUUAUUUUUAUUCCCUUACAAAAUAUGGCAACACUAAUUUUUUGGUUGUUUACAACCAUUUUCUUAUUUAUGAAUAAAUGGAGUUUAACUAAAGUUUGAUAUGGAAUUAAAGUUAUUUAUGCAUUAUCUAAUGUAUAAAAAUGAAUCGCAAAAAAAUUCGAAUAAGUGCCGGAAAACAGCCCUUUUCUUUUUCCCAUACAAACGAAUGAAUGUUUGUUUGUUAGUAAAGCUAAGAAAACGGCUGCACUAAUCUUGAUGAAAUGAAACGAAAUGGAUAGAGCACUUGAAGUCCUGCAACCUCUCCACCGGUGUGAGUAAGCUUUGGGCUACUGUCAAAGCUUUGUCUAAUCCGAAGAGACAUGACGACCGAGUUGAAGUUCAAUUCAAUGGUCAUGCCUCUUUGGACCCGAAGAAGUGCGCGAGCUAUUUUAGCCGGCAGUUUACACUGCACCCUUCGGUAGACAAAGCCAAGAGAUGUGUUAACCGACGGCUACGCAAAAUGCCAAACAACUGCGCGCCGCUUACUUUCACCGAUGAAGAGGUUCAGAGUGCCAUCAAAAAAGCAAAAUCGUCCAAAUCCAUUGGCCCUGAUGGAAUCAACAUGCUAAUGCUAAAGCAUCUAGGCUCGACGGGAGUAAGUUAUCUCACCAAGGUCCUCAUCCUGUCACUAACCACUCUUCAAAUACCUGAUGUUUGGAAAAUCAGACGAGUGGUGCCACUACUGAAACCUGGUAAAUCCGCCAACAAAGGGGAAUCUCAUCGCCCGAUAAUUCUCCUCUCUCCAGUAGUGAAGACACUUGAGGCCUUGCUACUCCCGACUUUCACUCACCACCUGAGCCUGGCCAGUCACCAGCAUUGAUUCCGAAAAGUGCACAGCACCACCACAGCACUUGGCGUCAUAAACGCCCAUAUAGUCCGUGGCCUCAACCAGAAACCACCUUGUGAGAGAACUAUCCUCGUAGAGUUGGACUUGUUAAAACCUUUGACACAGUCAACCAUACAACUCUACUACACGACAUAGAAAAAACAACGCUUCCUCCAGGGUUAAAGAGGUGGACCAUGAACUAUCUGAGCGGUCGUCAGUCAUCCGUACUAUUUCGAGAUGAAACAUCCAAACUAAGAAGAAUUAAACAGGGGGUUCCACAGGGUGGUGUCCUCUCCCCGCUACUAUUUAACUUCUACUACGACAUAGAAAAAACAACGCUUCAUCCAGGGUUAAAGAGGUGGACCAUGAACUAUCUGAGCGGUCGUCAGUCAUCCGUACUAUUUCGAGAUGAAACAUCCAAACUAAGAAGAAUUAAACAGGGGGUUCCACAGGGUGGUGUCCUCUCCCCGCUACUAUUUAACUUCUAUAUCUCUAAGAUAUUUUUGUACUGUAUGUAGACUUUUGUCAACACAAUAUUUGAGUUUUUAUUCCAUAAAUUUGUAGUUUUAUAUUAAUUAAUGGACUUUUUAAGUUUGUUGUUAUUAAAAAGAAGAUUAGAAUAAAACUGUAUCAACACAUUCUUCUAAAAAGUUUUUGUACUCUCACAUCGAAGAAAACAGGGGGUGUAUGUAGACUUUUGUCCGCCACUGUAUAUUG